CUCGCUGUGCUACCUUCACGGAAACACGGAAGUGUCUCGAUUUCCAACAGAACCAUCACAUGACUGGGGCGACAUGGAGCUCUGUUUCACCGGGGACUGAGUGAGACCACGAUAAAACCGUCCAGAGACCUCGCCUUUCAGUUCUCGGCAUUAUAUCGUGGUAGGAACCUUUUUUUUCAUGCUGUCUAGCUGAAGUUACGACCCCCGCCCCCUUCCCCUUUUCCCUGCUACGCCAGCUAACGUACGCUAACCAGUUAGCAUGCUGUAAAAAGCACCGUGAAAGAAGCUGACAGUAUUUCAGGGCUUGCAGAGUUAUUUGACCGCCGAUUACAUCAUAUGAGACAACGUGAAUCAAACAUUAAUUUUACAGCAACUCUUUAGCGGGCCCUCCUCUGUCAUCCGGAGGGGCGGCGCUUCAUCUUCUCGGCAGCGUCCUCCGGUUUUUCUUCCGUUUCUGUUUUUCUAGCCAUGGAGAGAUUGGAGGGCACGUCGGAGCUCCAGUCGCGGCUGUCAUCGCUGUCCUUCUCCUCUUUCCCAGGAAUAACAUCCAAGCACUGCGAAAGCGUAGAAUCUGACAGGCUCCAAAACACAGACCUCUCCACCAAUCUGAGCCAGUCCCCCGAACCAGCUAACAUGGAUGCGUCCGAGCAGUGCGAAGAGGCUAAUGAAGAGGCCCCCGCUGAGCACACCUCAGGGGACCAGGGUGAGAAGAACGGCGCAGAGCCCCCUCCGCUCUCCGCCGAGAUUAAAGCAGCCGAGACACCACCCCUGAAACCCCCGUCGACAUGGACAUCUGCGGCCCUCAAAGAGCUCAAGGCCAAGCUCCGAACGGAGAAGGACAGCAUGGUGACGGUCUACCGGGGCGACAUCAUGACGGUCCACGUGCCCACGGUGCCCGAAGCAACCAAGGUGUGCUGGGAGUUUGCCACCGACGGCUACGACAUCGGCUUUGGGAUCUACUUUGACUGGACUCCCAUCACAAAUCGGGCCAUCACUGUGCACAUCAGUGAAUCGAGUGACGAUGAAGAUGAAGAGGAAGAGCUCCAAGGCCCGGUCACCAACGGAGACGUGGAGAAGGGCUCAAAAGCGGAAAGCAACUCGAACGUGGUUGAGCUCAUACCCGUCUACCGGCAGGACAGCCACUUGACAAUCUACGGCGGCAGCCACGACUUCCCGGGGGAAGGCACUUACCUCUUCAAGUUUGACAACUCCUACUCUCUAUGGCGAAACAAAACACUUUACUACAGAGUUUAUUACAGUGCCUAAAACUCCAAAUCUUUAUGAAUGUACGAUUUAAAGAGACAAGAAAUACUCCCAUUAUGAAUGCUAGAGCUAUUUUAAAUGAUCUAAAGUUCAGAUAAAGCAUAGAGGAUAGAUGCGUACGGGCAUAUCUAUUUUUUACCACUCAGCUUGUGUUGCCAAAUGUAAAAUUUGAAGAAGCCUUUCAUGGUGACGCCUUCCACCCCAUUAAAGUCGAAUCUUAAACGUGUAUUGACAUCUGUGAAGUAGCGAUUAUCAGGGAAGAUCUACUCGACAUCUACUUGCUUGGUGUUCUUAAGUGCUCUAAACGUCUAUUAUUUGCUAUGAUUUUUUUUUUUGAAACCGCUCCUCAAUUAAAGCUAAUGUGUGUUAGUAGGGGACAUAAAUCAAGAAUGUACUGAAGCAAGCGAUGGCUGAUAUCCAGUGUGUGUGUGUUUUUAUGACACAAUUUAACCCACGCGUUAUCACAUAAAGCUCUUAUUAUGUAAUAGUGAUUCAAUAUUUACAUUUGCCGAGGGCCCCGGCUUUAAUUUGCUGAAGUAAUGUUUUACCCAUGUGUAGUUUGUGCACAAGUCUAUAAGUGAGUGAAGGUCACCGUGUUUGUAUGUUCUGUGUUAAUUGGACGUGUUCCUCCACACUUCAAACUACCUAAUUUCAUUUCACACGCUUAUUUGUUUGUUCCGUGUGUUUAAGUUAUGAUGCUCCUGAAAAAGGUAUAUUCCACAAUAAAGACGAUGUUUACUUUGC